GUGAAGGAGCUGUCUAUUCAGCACCACUAAAAGCCUCAUGUGACCCUUUGGGCAAAACAAUAAAUAAAUAAAUGCACUGCUGAUAAUUCAUCAAGGAGCAGCUGCUCUUCACUGGGAGUCACAGCUCCGUGUGUCAAAUAAAUCCUGCAGAUCUGAGGCACUUGGUGGCAGCUGCACUUGUGAAGCAGGCGGACAUACGUAGAGAAGACUGAGACUUUGAGUCAGUGACGCCGAGCUGCACAACAACAAGCCUCUCCUUCAGCUUCCACACUUGACUACAUCCUCAAUUCGUACUCGAGCGAGCUGCAUUUUUUUCUUUGCACGCUGCAAAGAGAAGCUCUGCGUCCUCCAGGCACCGCGAUCCGUCAUGAACUCUGGAAGCAGGCACUGAGACAAGACAGAGAUGCUGAUGUCUGGGACGCUCCAUCGCCUCCUCCUGGCUGGGACCUGUCUCUGUGUCUGCGGGACCCCUGUCCGCCUCCUCAACUUCACCCCCACGCAGGACUGUGACGGGCAGUGCGCCAGCUCAGGAGCAACUGUUGGGUCAACGCACCCUACAGAUGUAAAGUCUGAACCCUCAGAUGCAGAACAUGAUGUGACUGGCCUGAUAUUGAAUGUAGGUGCGGGAGGAGGGGCUGGCCCACAUGGACGACCUGAGGGGAUAGCUCCGGUGACGCAGACGGAAAACGGGGACAGCCUUGAUGGAAGAUCUGGGCCGAGCGAGGCUGGUGGAGAGGCAUGGAGCCAAAGGAGCAGGGCAAAGAAGGUCGGGAGCACAUCUGAGAUGGGCGACGCUCAAAGUCAGUCGGAGACAGCUUCGUCUGUUGAUCCAGAAGGUAUAAAGGAGGACGUGCCUGCCAUCAGCCAGCCAACAGGUGGGAGAAGACACUUGGACCUGGCCCUGAGCACCACAAGGUUGAUGCCAGAUGGAUUUUUCGCCUCCUCCACAGCACCACAGCUGAGCAUCUCCACCAGGGAGGGAGAAGACCAAGGUGGAAUGAAGCUACCUGGUUAUGGUGAUUCUCUUCAGGAUAGAGACCCAGAAGCAAUCUCUACAGAACCUCCAAAUCCUGGAGCACAGAUCCAGAAACUGACCUCCCACAUCCCUCCCUUGUUCUUCGUCUCACCGCGGACCUCCACACACUUGUCGAUUUGGGGCCAUGAUGGAGCUACCUCCCUCCCAGAUCCCUUGUUACCUGAGAUCGGACCAAACCUGAUGCCCAGAGAGGAUGGACCUGAGAGCCUGUGGACUGAGGCGGCGAGGCCCAGUGGAGUGGACACCGUGGUCCCACCAUCUCAGGAUGAAGCCACGGAGGGCACCAUGUCAUCAGAGGCGCUCCCUCUCAUCUUCGAGCCUUUUGAAGAUGUCACACCAGAGGGGGCAGCAGCAGAGGCAGUGGCGGCGGUCACGCUGGUGCCCGGCAGUGCUCAGCCUCCUGCUGCCAUGGCAACCGGAGGAAUGCCUCAGUCAGAGGUGGACCUGGACCAGCUGGUCACCGUGGAGACAGACAGCGACGGUCCCUCGCACGCCCCACCCCUGCUGAUGCCAGACUGGACGUCACCUUGGCAGACGUCUGGCGGGGAGCUGCUGGAGCCAAUCGGCUCAUCGGGUCCGUCUGUUUCACAGCGGCAAGCCGGAACUGAGGCGGAGGAUCACUCUGAGAGAGGUGCUGCGAGGACACUGAACCUUGAAGAGUACUUGCCCACCACCGGCCCCUCCUUCUCAUCCUUCCACCGUGCUAUGACAACGGUAACUAUGGCAACCCAUCAUCUGGUGCACAAAUCCAGAUCGGGGUUGGAGGAGAUGGAGUCUGAGGAGGAGCCCGAUGAAGACGAGGAUGAUGAGAACUCUGAGGAAUCAGUGGAGGAUGAGAGUGAGGAGGACCUGACAGAAACACCCAAAACAUCCUCAACGCAGCCUCCGUACAGCCUCAUCCCUCCACCUCCUGUCUGGGUUCAACGCAACCAGGGGCUGAUGCGGAGCUGGGUAGAGCUGAUCAGAGAAAAGGCGGGUUAUGUGUCUGGGAUGUUGGCCCCUGUGGGCAUCGGCAUCACUGGGGCCCUGCUUAUCGUCGGCGCCCUCUACAGCAUCAGGAUGAUUCACCGCAAGAGGAGGAACAGCUUCAAACACCAGAGGAGGAAGGUCAGGCAGCCAGAGCAACCUCGAGAGCCCGGGACCAGCCGCCAGGAUCAGGCCAUGCUGCUGGCCGACAGCUCCGAGGAUGAGUUCUGACGAGUCCCUUCUGGGUUCCUUUUGUCUGCGACCAAUGGCUGAUGCUCCUGUAAAGGAGGCUUGGCAAACACCCCCAUCUCUAUGACUACCGCAUCUCCAAUCACCCUGGGCUGUUUGGCUAUGACUCAUCUGAUCCACAGAGAGUGACUGGGUAUAGGCCACAAUUUGCACAGGCUGCACAAAGGUCAGCUUUGUAUUCCCCCCUUUCUAAAAGUACCAAUGUGAGCACUUUUCUGAAUGUUGUCAGGUGAUGUUGACUCUAAUGGCUCAGCGGGGCUGGCGCGAUGCACUCUGACAUAAAAAAAUAAUAUUGCUGCUUGUAAAAAAAGAAAUGCAUUAGCAGGGUAUUGGCAGGAUGAAAGUGUUGCUGGUAAAUUGAGGUCGAGUUGAGGGGAAAGUGUCGACCAGCCAGUUUUCUGUCAAGUAAUAAAAAAAGGGCUGUAGAAAAGUUACACGACAUAAACGAUGUAAAUAUAUGUACUGUACGUAGCUGACUUGGUGUCAGUCGUUUUAGUGUAAAUAAAGUUUUAUUUAUUGCUACACAGCUAGGAUAUUUAAAGGAAGUGUUCAACAUUCUGAAAAAUACACUUAUUUGCUUUGAUGCAUAUCCAGAUCAGUUAGCUGGGGCUAGCAGCUGGUUAGCUUCACUUAGCAUAAAGACUGGAGGGUAAACAGCUAGCUUCGCUCCCUCCAAAGGUAGAGACUUGACUACCAGCAGCUCUAUAACUUUCGAAUGAACACAUUUGUUUAGCCUAUACAAAUGUGUAAAAAAAAAAAAAGUCAAUCCGCUGUUUUACUGGUCAUGUUUCAAACUAUUAUUUGGCUGGAGUCUCCACUGGCUACCUUAGAACUGCUAACUGCUAGCAGUUUCCCCGUUUCCAGUCUUUAUGCUUAGCUAAGCUAAGCUAAGCUACCAAUCUCCUGGCUGCAACAUUAGCUUCAUAUUUAACAGACACGAGAGACGAGAGUGGUGGUCCAGUUUCUCAUCUAACUCCCAUCAAGACUCUGAAUAGAGAAUCUGAAGUUGACGUUACACCCUGUUCAAUUUUUGGAAUGGGGGCGCCAUCUUGUGUGGUAGAUUUGGUAAGGCCCAGACACACCAAUCCAACAUCAAAGCAAUAGUACUGAUGAAGGCUGACUGGUGCGUUGCCCCCUGAUGUCUGUGUCUCACCUAAAAAGUUGCACAUUAACACACUCCAAUGCUACAGCCAACCAGCACGUUUGUUCUGCACCUGCAUGAAAGGAAAUAACUCUCCAUACCAGCAGGUAAUGAAAGUCUGUAUUCAUCACUGAUAAAGCGAGACUGGAAGACGGACAGGACAUAUUCAAGAUGCAAGUUAGUCAGUUAGCAAAUUAACAGCACAACCGGAUACUGAAAGAACAAAGCAUAUUUUCCACUUCUGCUAAAGAGCUCAGUGUCUAAAACAAAAAUCUUAAGAUCUUACGCCGUCUUGAUUUUAGUAGGUUGUUUGUUUUUGUCAUUUCUGUUUCUCUUUUCAUUUUCUGUCGGGCUGUGACGCCAAAAAAGCGGGCUUGAGACAGUGGUGCGGGACACACCGCAAAUACGAGGGCGACAGAUGCUCACCGACAAUCCAAGAUUGACCAACGGACGACCAAUGGCUUGGUUUGUCAGGGCCCUUACCUGUACCUGCCAUGGUGGUCACGCAACAGUAUUUGGGGGUACUAUGUGACUCAUGGGUGAGGUGGGCGCCCCAUGCAUAGGAGUGGCGUCCUUGCUGCGGUGGCCAUGGGUUCAGUUCCAGCUUGUAGCCCUUUGCUGCAUGGCGUCCCCUCUCUCCCCUUUCACACCUCAAACUGUCAAAGCAAAAAGCCCCAAAAAAUGAAAUGUUGACACUGGAUUACAGACCCCGUUACACUACCUCCCCUCACAUAUCCAGACAAUGUAAACAAUCUUGCUUUUAGACUGAGUGAGUACACUUUGGUAACAGAGAUAACAGUUUGUAGCUCUCAAGAUGGCGCCACUGUCCCGCACAACGUGGUGUAUAUCCUAUAGAUGCACAGAGCAAAAAAAAAAAAAGAUAUGUUAGGGACAAGAAGUGCAACCCAACUACCAGAAAAAAUAUUGCAUUGUACCUUUUUGCAAACCAUGGAUAAGUUACAUUUGUACAUCAUUUUGUAACGGAUACAUUGUGUGUGGUCAGGUGUAGGCAAAAGAAAUCACUUGGUUAUGGAUAAGAUGAGAUGGCUUCAAACACUUAUGUUUGGUGGCUCAAAUGCCGCUGGAGAAGCAGGGAUAAGUCGGUAAAAAACUCCCAGUUUUGGUGGCUCAAAUGGCACCUGGAAAUGCAGCAAUGUGCCACUAAAAACACCAAGGUUCGGGGCCACAAACCCUGGUUGAACGCCAUAAAACAACUGGUGGUGUUGGUUUGGAACAGCAGUCUACAAUUUGACAGGCGUCUCCCUUAGGUGUCACACCAUCUACCGUCCCCUCCAACGCAUGAUCACAAAUGUCAACAUUAGACACCUUGAUAUGAUACUUGAUAUGAAACCUGCGGGUGUAAUGUGGCAUGAUUUGCAGAAAUGUACAACGCCAACAUUUUUUCUGGUGACUGGGCUGGAGAGUGACAGGAAAGUGACAUGAACACAUUAGGAGGGUUAAUGAGUGCAAACAGUGUUAAAGUGGGGAACACAGGACCCUCAAAAUAACGGCUAAGUGUUAGGUAUACGGAUUUUGUUAUCUGAAGGGAGCCAUGCUAGCUGUUUCCCUCCGUUUCCUGUCUUUAUGCUAAGCUAAGCUAAGCUAAGUGUCUCCUGGCUGCAGCAUUAGCUUCAUGGUCUCAUCUCGUCUAACUCUUGGUAAGAAACGGAAUAAGCAAGUUUCUCAAAAUGCUGAACUACUUUCCUAAAGUAAGAGUCCCACACAUUUCAGAAACCUUCACAUAUGAUUCAUUUGAAUUAACGCUUUGUUUAAAUGUGAAUUUUGUGUAAAUGUAAAUGUUUUAUUCAAACGCAUUUGAGACGCUCAUACAAAAUACCAUAAUCCUACAAAAGUAUGUAGCAUAAAACAGAUUUUAAUGUACAAUAUAACUCUGGUAUGAAUUCAUUAUUUUGCUAAAUCUUACUUUUGUUCUUUAAGUGCAUGACUAUCAAGUCAGUUCAUACGCGGACCUGUUGCAGAGACUUCCCUCUAAUGAAUGAAGUGUUUCUGUUGGCUGGAUAAGCACAAACAUUGAAGACACUGGGGCAGCAGUUCAUAUUUUCACAAGUUUUUUUUUCCGACCAGCUCAUUUGUUGCACAAUAGUGGUUCUGUGUUUUAAUCUGGUUCAGAUAAGGACAGAUAACGGAGACGCUCUGGCUGACACAUCCGGCCUGGGAAUGUCACAUUGCUGAGCUGCAAUGAAAUGUAGUAAAAUCAAGUCCUUAAGGUUUUAAUAAAAAGAGGAAUCAUUUAAUAAAAACUCAUCUUCUGUAGGUCAGACAGAAAAGAAACAUUUGAACAUAUGAGCCAUGUUUGUGACACCAAUGACGAUAACAUAGAGUCUUGUCUUUAAUUCAAAGAAAAUAUAUUUUCUGUAACUUGAUGAGCCAUCUGAUAUGCUUAAUGUACAACUGCCUGUUUAUAUGCAAUAAUACUGUUCUAGGGUCAGUGUGAUGUAAAAUAGUGGACACUUUUUGUCUCUUUAUGUAGAUAUGAUGUGAUCAAAUAAACAAUUCUUUUAGAUGUCUGAUUGUGACUCUUUCUUAUAAAUACAACUUAAAGGGACGAUCCACCCCAAAAUCAAAAAUACAGUUUUCCUCUUACCUGGGGUGCCGUAGAGGCGUCUGCCUUCUUUCCAAUGUAAUGAAACAUGAUGGCACUGUGCUCGUGGUACUUUAAGCGCCAAAAAAAGAAAAUACAUUUGAAAAACUCAGCAGCAAUGUCUCUUUCCAGAAAUCAUGACCUGGUUACUCAAGAUAAUCCACAGACUUGGACGAGAGGCUUGUGGCUCACAACCAUAGGUCGGAGUUUCGGAGAUAUGAUAAGAGCUGGACAUCUGGAGCAAGCUUAGAGUAGAGCUGCUGCUCCUUCAUGUCGGAUGGCGCCAGUUGAGGUGGUUCUGCCUCCUGAGCGUCUCCUGCUUGAGGUGUUCAGGAUACGUUCAACUGGUGGGAGGCCCCAAAGGCAGACCCAGAACCCAGAACAUGGAGGGCUUAUGAUCUCGUCUUGCCUGCAACGCCUCGGGAUCCUCCAAGAGGAGCUGGAAGGCAUUGCAGAGAGGGGCGCCUGGAAUACUUUGCUCAACCUGCUGCCCUCACGACCUGGCUUCGGAUAGGUGGCUGAAAAUGGGUGGAUGGAGAGGCUUGUGCUCAUGACAGCAUGAGACACAAACAUCAAUGGCAUCCUUCUUGGCUAGCUCAGUGGUGCUAAGUAAGCUAGCGGUCAACGUAUGCUCAUACAACUGUUCAUACAUCUAUGAAUAAGCAUCCCAUGAAUGACGUUUUGCAAAGUUACGUAGGCUUACUAAACGUUAAGUUACAUAGGUUAUGUUUAGGCAAAGUUACGUACAUUAGAUUCAGGAAAGAUUUCACAAAAUUCCAAGCACCAGUCUCCUGGGGCAAAGUCCUGUUUUGUGACACAUCCACCACCCCAAUCUGCAUCACAUGGAUGCAUCACUUCUUGCAGGCAUGUGUGCGAACAGUGCACGAGAACAGCCUCUAGCAGCAGAUGCAUGCUUCCUUUUGCACGCGGAUUCGCAAGGGUGUAGUUAUCAUUUCGACAUUGGGGUGGACACAUGACAUGAAGGGUUUGGGGGUCUUCAGGAAAGGAAAUCUGAAGUGUCAAAGACUUAACUUCCUGUAUUUUGGUGUUUGGUAGAAAGAAAGUAGUUUCUACAUGAAACUGCUCACAACAAGGUCUGUGGAUUAUCUUCAGUAACCAGGUCAUGAUUUCUGGAAAGAGACUUUACUGUUGAGUUUUUCAGAUGUAUUUUUGAGCACAAGCAAAGUGCAAUCUAGUUCUUUUACAUUCAAGAGAAGUCAGACACCUCUAUGGCUGAUAUCUUCAACACUCAGCAACACACACCGUAACAAUCCCUUUCGAUAAACAGCACUAUGGGUAAAGGGAAAAAUGUGCUUCUUAAUGUUGGGGUGAACUGUCCCUUUCAGUGUGACUUAUGUUUUUAAUGAAAUCCACUCCAGACAGCAGACAAGACAACCCAGUUUACAGCAUUAAAAAAAUCAAAUAAUUUAUUUCUGUGUUCUUUUUCCACAUUAAAUAAAAGCUAUCGGACAUUUCCAGAUCAAAAUCAAGAGAGGGGACAGGAAGGAGGAACAGGGGAAACAGAAAUCUGACAUGCAAAAAAACCUUUUUGCUCUCCCCUUUGCACACUUCGUGGAUGGCGGUGGA